AUGUCUAAUAAUAAUGAAAAUGAAGUUCUAAAUGAUGAAGAUGAAAUAAAAGAAAAUGAAGAAUCAUUAUUUAAUUUGGAAGAUGAUGAUAAUAAACAAGAAUUAAAUGAAGAUAAUCAAUUAAAAUGUUAUUUAUGUAAACAAAUAUAUAAUCAACCAAAAUUUCUAUCAUGUACACAUACAUUUUGUCUUCAAUGUUUGAAUAAAUUAAUUGAAAAUAAUUCAAAUAAAGAUAUUUUACAAAUUCAAUGUCCAAUAUGUCAACAAAUAACUGAAAUAUCAAAUUUAAAUAUGUUAGUUGAUAAUUAUUUGUUAAUACGUGAAAUUGAAAAUAUUGGUUUAAAAAGAGGUUCAAUUGAAUGUCGUGCAUGUACAUCAAAUGAUAAAGGUGUUGCACAUUGUUCAACAUGUUCAUCAUAUUUAUGUUCAAAAUGUUGUCAAGCUCAUAAAUAUAUGAAAUGUUUUGAACAACAUAAUGUAAGACGUUUAUCAGAAAUAGAUUGUGAAUUAAAUAAUUUAAAUGAUUUAUGUCAAAUUCAUAAAAAAUCUUAUCUUAUUUAUUAUUGUCGAACAUGUUCAAUCAGAUUAUGUGAACAAUGUUUUAUAUUACAUCCAACAACACAACAUGAUAUUGAAAAGAAUCAUUUUGAAUUAAUUCAUUCAGAUUUAAAUAAGAAAAUAAAUGAUAUUGAUCAAAUACGUUUAAAUGCAUUAUCUUAUUUAGAUCAUCAAUUAACUUCUCUUCAACAUGAUUAUGAUAAAGCGAAAAUUGAAAUUGAUCAAUCAUAUCAACAAUAUCAACAAGUUUUAAAUGAUGUUUAUAAAGAAUAUUUAUCAUCAUUAAAGAAUUUACAACGUGAUGAAGAAAUGCGCUUAAUUGAUAAAUUAGAAAGAAUUCAAAAAGGUUCUCAAUCAUUUGAUGAUAGUCGAACAGUUAUUGAAAAUUGUUUAAAAAAAUGUUCAUUCAAUGAAUUAAUUGAAUUAAAUAAAAAAUUAUUUUUUAAUAUAUUUAAUUCAUUUCAACAAUUAUUUCAAAUUGAAUCAAUUCAUUUAAAUACAACAAAUGAUCAACAACAAGAUAAUAAUUUAGUUCAAUUUAUAUCAACACCUAUUCAAGAUUUUAUACAAAUAAUAAAAGAUCAUUUUGGACAAUUAAUUAAACCACAAUCAAAACAAAUUUCAUCACCAACAACAAAUCAUUAUCAGAGAGAAUCAUUAUUAUCAUCAACAAACGGUGACUCAGUAUCAUCAUCAUCAGGUGUUGGAAGUUUAGCUCUUGGUCAACAAUCAUCUCGUCAGCGUAUAUUAUCAAAUGGUUUAUCACCAUCAAAUACCAAUCGUCAAGAUUUUUUUCGAAAUAAUUCAACAAAUGAAACCGAACCAGUUGUAGAAAAUCUUCGAGCACUUCAAUCAAUAUUUGUUGAUUCAUUAUCAACAAUUCAUCCAAAUGUACAAAGAAAUUUAGAAGAAAUUCUUCAAAUGAAUCAACAACAACAACAACAUGAAAAUUUAUAUCCUAUGUUAACAGGUCAAACAUCAGUAACAGGAAUAGGAGAAAGAUCACCAUCAAACAUUCAAUAUCCUCCUCCAUCAUUAAUAUCAACAUAUUCAACAACAAAUAGUGGUGGAUCAAGUAAUGGAAAUAAUAGUCGUUCAACAACACCAUUUUCAGGUCUAACACAAAAUUCUACAAUUGAUAUUAAUUUAAAUUGUUUAUCUCAAACAUCAUUAAUGCGUCGUUGUGGACAAUCAAUGCAAGUUCGAGCUAAAUUUGGUUCAUUAGGACCACAAAAAUGUCAAUUUAAUGCUCCACAUGGUUUUUGUCUUGGUAUUGAUGAAGAAAUAAUUGUUGCUGAUACAAAUAAUCAUAGAAUACAAAUCUUUGAUAAAAAUGGAGAAUAUAAAUAUCAAUUUGGUAUGCCUGGAAAAGAAGAAGGACAAUUAUGGUAUCCAAGAAAAGUUGCUGUUAUUAGACAAACAGGAAAAUUUGUUAUUUGUGAUAGAGGAAAUGAAAGAAGUCGAAUGCAAAUAUUUACUAGAAAUGGACAUUUUAUUAGAAAAAUUUCUAUUAGAUAUAUUGAUAUUGUUGCUGGUUUAGCUAUAACACAACAAGGAAAUAUUGUUGCUGUUGAUUCAGUAUCACCAACUGUUUUUUGUAUAAGUGAAUCUGGUGAUCUUCUUAAAUGGUUUGAUUGUUCAGAUUAUAUGAGAGAACCAUCGGAUAUAGCCAUUUUCAAUAAUGAAUAUUUUGUUUGCGAUUUUAAGGGUCAUUGUGUUGUUGUAUUUGAUGAAGAUGGAACAUUUUUACGACGUAUUGGUUCGGAAAGUGUAACUAAUUUUCCAAAUGGAAUUGACAUAAGUGAUGCCGGUGAUGUAAUCAUUGGUGAUUCACAUGGAAAUCGUUUUCAUAUAGCUGUAUUUACACGUACAGGUGAUUUUUUACAAGAAUUUGAUUGUCCAUAUGUAAAAGUGUCACGUUGUUGUGGAUUAAAAAUAACAUCGGAUGGUUAUAUAGUAACAUUGGCUAAAAAUAAUCAUCAUGUACUUGUAUUAAAUACACUUUAUUUAACAUAA